AUGUCACGUGAUAAAUUUGCUACAAGGAUAAUCAAUUUACCCUUUGGUAUCACAGCAAAAGAGAUUAUUUCUAAUAUCAAAACAAUUGGUGCACUUACUUGCUAUAUCCCUAGGUCUCUUAAUUAUAGACAUAGAAGUGAGGCAAUUAUAUUAUUUGUAAGUGAAGAGGUGCUAGAAACGGCAAUUGGUAAAGAGUGGAAGGCAAGUGAAUUCAACAUUAAAGUCACAAGCAUGGCAGCGAAAACAUGUUACAGAUGCCACUCUGAGGAGCAUAUUGCUAAAGAUUUUAAUAGAUUUAAUAAAUUAGAGAAUUUCGUGCAAGACAAACUCAAUCUUAAUCCUGAAACUAAUCAAUAUCAUAGUGAUUACAAUGAACCCGAGGUUGAUUCACAAAUGGAUUUUGAUAAAUUGAAUCUACACAAUUUGGAAGGAAGCGAAGAAUUGAAAAGUAAAAAUGAAAAUAAGUUUGGAAGAUUAUUACAGGUGGUAGAACAAUUCGACAUAGUGGGUAUAGCAGAAACAAAUUAUAGUGAUAACAAAGGGCAGUGGUAUAAAGACAAUAAGGAUAAAUUUCGUAUCCAUUGUUCGGACAACGGAAAAGGAACUGGGGUAGCCUUAAUAAUUUCAAAAACACUAAAUAAGUAUAUUUAUAAAAAAAGAGGAUAUGGGGGUAGGGCAAUUUGUGUAGAUCUAGUCCUUCCAAGAAAAAUGACAAUUUGUGUAAUGCAAAUUUAUUUACCAACUCAAAGGAAAAAGAAAAAAGUUAUCGUGAUGGAAGAUUUUAAUGCAGUACCGUCACCUGCAAUAGAUCAAAAUAACAAUAGUCACUCACACUUUUCAGAAAGUGAAAUCUUUCCGCUACUAAGUAGUCAUGAUUUAAUUGAUUGUUAUAAAAUAAUGUUUUCUGAAAAUAUAGGGUAUACAUGGAAAAGAGAUAAUUCAAAUGAGGAAAGUAGAAUUGACGCAAUUUGGAUAUUACACAGAUGGAGUGAUAAAAUUACGUCAUGUUUCUUAGACAACAUUAAGUUUAUACAUGUCGUCAAAACUAUUAAAUUGAGUCAGACACAAUUAAAAUUAGGAAAAAUUGGAAUUGA